AUGGGCAAGAAAGACAAAACAGUUAAAGUGGCGGCUCCCGCCAAGAAAGUCGCAAGUUUGAAGGCCGCAAGUGCCCCUGUUGUAUCUACCAAGGACAAGAAGGCCAAAUCCAAAAAGCAAGAGUCAUCGUCGGAAGAGAGCUCUGAUGAUGAUGAUUCUGAUGACGACUCGGACGAUUCGGACAGCGACUCUGAUGACUCUGACGAUGACGAAGAUAAGGAAGAGGAUUCCAGUGACGACUCUGAUGACUCUUCGGAAGAGGACACAAAGAAGAAGGACGACUCUGAUGACGACGACUCCGACUCUUCGGACGACGACUCUUCAGAAGAGGACACAAAAAAGAAGGACGAAUCCGACGAUGACUCUGAAGAUGACUCUGAAGAUGACGACGACGAUGACGAUGACAAGAAGAAAAAGUCGAGCCCCGACUCGGAUUCCGACUCGUCUGAAUCUGAUUCGAGCUCCGACUCUGACUCCGACUCCGACUCCGAUUCGUCCAGCUCCGACGAAGCAAUGGAAGAGGCCAAGCCUUCCAAGAAGCGCAAGGCCGAAGACAAUGACGCUCAGCUUGCCAAGAAGACCAAAUCUACGGAAAGCGAGGCUGACGAUGGCAUCAAGACGCUGUGGGUCGGUCAGCUCUCGUGGAAUGUGGACAACGACUGGUUGAAGAGCGAGUUUGAAGAAUAUGGCACCGUCGCCGAUGCUCGUGUCCAGCUCGACCGGGACUCGGGUCGCAGCCGCGGCUUUGGCUACGUUGACUUUGUUAGCUCUAAAGACGCAUUGACAGCGUCGAAGAAAGCACAAGGCAAGGAAGUCGAUGGCCGUACGCUGCGUGUAGAUCUCCAAGAGCCGCGCGCACCCAAAGACCGUGUCGAAUCCCGCGCUAAGCAUUUUAACGACCAAAUAAGCACGCCGUCCAACACGCUUUUCCUCGGUGGCCUCGCUUGGUCCCUUACCGAGGACGAUAUCUGGAACACUUUUGCCGAGUAUGGUGAAAUUUCCGGCGUGCGUCUUCCAAAAGAAAUGGAGACUGGGCGCUCCAAGGGCUUUGGCUACGUCGAGUUUGACACGGAAGAAAAUGCCGGCAAGGCGCUCGCUGCACUUAAUGGCCAGGACCUCGGUGGUCGUCCCAUCCGCGUCGACUUUGCUGGCAAGCGCGAUAAUGCAAAUGGCGGCGGCCGUGGUGGCUUUGGCGGCGGCCGUGGUGGACGUGGCGGCGGCGGCUUUGGCGGUGGUCGCGGCGGUCGCGGCGGUGGCUUUGGCGGCGGCGGUGGCCGCGGUGGCCGCGGUGGUGGUCGUGGUGGCGGCGCCGGCGGUGAUGGCCGUUCUCGUGAUGGCGGCUGGGGCGGCCGCUCUUCGUCCGGCAGCGCUCGCACGGGCGCCAUUGCGGAGCCUACUGGAAAGAAAAUGACCUUUGAUUAG